AUGGUGGACUACUACGAGGUGCUGGGCGUGCCCCGCCAGGCCUCGUCCGAGGCCAUCAAGAAGGCGUACCGCAAGCUGGCGCUCAAGUGGCACCCCGACAAAAACCCCGAGAACAAGGAGGAGGCGGAGAGGCGGUUCAAGCAGGUGGCCCAGGCCUACGAGGUGUUGUCAGACGCCACGAAGAGGGAUGUCUACGACCGCUACGGCGAGGCCGGAGUGGAGGACUGCGGCGGGGGCGGCGGGGGCGGUGGGCCUUUCCGCGACCCCUUCGAGCACGUCUUCACCUUCCGCGACCCAGCCGAGGUCUUCAGGGAGUUCUUCGGCGGCCGGGACCCAUUUUCCUUUGACUUCUUUGGAGACCCGCUGGGGAACCUUGUGGGCGGUCGGAGGAGCUCCCGGAGAAGCAGAAGCAGAAGCAGGGGGACCGCGCCCUUCUUCACCGCCUUCAGUGGAUUUCCAGCAUUUGGGGGUGGUGUUUCUUCUUUUGAUACAGGAUUUAGCUCCUUUGGUUCCCUGGGGAAUGAAGGCCUUUCUUCCUUCGCCAUGUCUUAUGGUAGUGGUGGGACCGGCAACUUCAAAUCCAUGUCGACUUCCACCGAAAUCGUCAAUGGCAAAAAAAUCACCACCAAGAGAAUCAUUGAGAAUGGCCAAGAAAGGGUGGAGGUGGAAGAAGACGGAGAGUUAAAGUCCCUGGUCGUAAAUGGCAGAGAGCAGUUGCUACACAUUGACGCCAAGUAAUUCCAGUCCAAGUUGAAUUCAAAAAACAUUGUGAGGAGCAGCAGGACUUUUUUUUUUUUUUUUUUUUUUUUUUUGAAGAUUGCAAGUGCACUCUACUUUCAGAACAACUGUACUCGAGAAUUUAUAAACAGUUCAUGCCGA